AUGGUGUCUGAUACAAGUGCCAUAACAACAUCCGAUGCAAAUACAACAACUACUCCAAAUAAAACAGAAAAAAAAAUUCGUCCUCUCAAGAUACCAUAUUUUGAUAUGACUCCAGCUGCUGAACAUAUUACAAAAUAUAAUAGUAUAACGUUGUUAUUCAUGUUAAUCGUUGUAUUGUUAAUGGUUUAUGGUGCAUUAAUUCUUUUCGUAUGGGGUGAAGCAGCACCUUUCUUACAAGGGAAAUUUGCUGGAACAACUUUCGAUAAUUCAAUUGAUUUACAGCUUAAAGAAGUUAUUCGUACUAUUGCAAAAGAUUAUUAUAACUGUUAUUAUUGUGUGAAUAAUUUUACAUCAUUUACAGCAAUUCAAAAUUUAAUUAAUACUCAGGAAAACAACUCAAUGCGACCACAACCUCUUGAUUAUUUAUUAAGUCAAAAUAAGUGGCUGUUAUUAAUAAUUUGUUUAAUGUUAAUUUUUAUUUAUUAUUGGAUAUUUUCCAUAUUUAUUUCCAUGAUGAAAAACAUUCAUUCAAAACAUGAUUAUUUCAAUGAACAUUUAAAAAAAGAAAGAGAAAAAUUAAAUACAUUGGAACAAAAAAUAUACGAAUUAAAGCAAAUUGCUGGACACAAUCUUGAUAUGUAUGAUAUAGUUUGUCAUAAAUGUUGGUCUUCAAUUUAUAAUUUAAAUUUUGAUUAUGUAAUAUCUCAUGCACUGGAAAAUAAUAAACCUAUUAAAAAAUCUUACGAUGACACUUUAUCUCCAUUACAAUAUGUGUUUAUUAUAACAUGUUUUAUCAAUACGAUUUCGAUAACAUUAAUUUUUAAAGAGCCGGUUCGAUUAUUUCUUUUAUCAAAUUUAUUUAUUAUUAUAAGUUUGUGUAUACAUGGAGAAUUUUUUAUUUCAAACGUACCAGAUGUUUAUUACACACUUAUCAAUGGCAUAUUAAUAUUUUUAUUUUCGGCUUUUGUAUUAUUGAAAAUAUUAAUGACACUAUUAACUAUUGUUCAUUAUCGAAUUAUGAAAAACAUUUUAACUAGCGAAUAA